GUCUGCGUGUUCCUCCCACUACUUUCCACUGAGCGACAAGGCUGCACAUUGUGCUCAGAGCGGCCAGGAGACAGCCAAGGUUACACAGCCGCUCUCUCUCCACGCAUCGCCUCCGAAAGGUGACAAAUGGAGACCUUCAAUCAUCAACUGAACACUUACAUACAGUCAUGGAUGGGUCCCAGAGAUCAGCGGGUGAAGGGAUGGCUCCUAUUGGACAACUACCCACCAACCUUUGCACUCACAGUCAUGUACCUUCUGAUUGUGUGGAUGGGACCCAAGUACAUGAAGCACCGGCAGCCGUUCUCCUGCAGAGGCCUCAUGGUGCUCUACAAUCUGGGCCUCACGCUCUUGUCUUUCUACAUGUUCUAUGAGCUCAUCACUGUUGCGUGGUAUGGUGGCUACAACCUCUACUGCCAGAACACUCACAGUGCACCGGAAACAGAUAAUAAGAUCAUGAAUGUCCUGUGGUGGUACUACUUCUCCAAGCUCAUUGAGUUCAUGGACACGCUUUUCUUCAUUCUACGAAAGAACAAUCACCAGAUCACGUUUCUUCACGUCUACCACCAUGCCAGCAUGCUGAAUAUCUGGUGGUUUGUUAUGAACUGGAUAGCCUGCGGCCACUCGUACUUUGGUGCAGCCGUUAACAGCUUUGUCCACGUUGUGAUGUACUCGUACUACGGCCUCUCCGCCAUCCCAGCCAUAAGGCCGUACCUUUGGUGGAAGAAAUAUAUCACACAGUUUCAGCUGAUCCAGUUCUUUUUAACCAUGUUCCACACAUCCUGGGCUGUCAUUUGGCCGUGUGGCUUCCCCUCGGGCUGGCUGUACUUCCAAUUCACUUACAUGGUCUCGCUCAUUAUCCUUUUCUCAAACUUCUACAUUCAGACGUACAAGAGGCAAAGCAUUUUAAAGAAGGAGCAACAGAACGGCUCUGCUCUAUCGAGAAAUGGACAUGCGAAUGGGACACCCUCUACGGAGAGCACUGCACACGAGAAACUGAGGGUGGAUUGACAUUUGAGAACCCGUCAUACGUCACUCGAAGCUCACUGUAGUCUGUUAGCUAAUGCUGCUAGAGGGUGCAUGAACCUUCUUAUCUAGAAGAGUCUAGAGUCACUAGAGAUAGAAAAGCCAUACCCAGAUGUAUACAGAGACUGUCCCUGUUUCCGGUCACUCUGCUACACAUGGCGGUGAAUAAUGAAGUCGUUAUAGCUAAAGGGCAAGAGAUUUGUAGUAGGGCCGGGUUUAAAUAAAGAUAGUUUGAAUUAAAAUAGAUUCUAAAUGAUCUAAUAUAAAAUUUUAAAAUUAAGCCAUUUAAAAUAUUGAAACGAGACAAAAACAAAGCCAUAUGUAAGUUAGAAAUAUGUACAGAAAUAUCCAAGUGCUAAAAACAGCUGACCUGUUUUUUGCACUUGCUAUACUAUGACCUAGAUGGAUGAGAGUCUCCACAGGCAUGUACAGAAAUGAAAGAAAUACCAUCAAUCUCCAAAACCAUUUCUUUAAAAAAUCCACUAAAUAUGCAGAAAUAUGCAAUUGUCGCUGGAGACCAAAAAAAAAAACACCGGAGACGCUAUUUGCAAUAAAUUUUCCACCCAAUCCUCUGCGUGCAGAAUUAGGUAUAUGUUAUUUGCACUGGCUGCAUGGUGAUGUGCUUUAAAAGCUGCUGUUUAUAAUACACUGAACAUAUGUACACAUGGUUUUUAAUGCUUUGUUUACCUGCAGUAAAGAAAGCACUAAUUAACACUUGUCGGUCAUGUAAACAUUUUUUUUUUAUAUAUGCACUAGGUUCCUUGUACAAUUUGCAUCAUCAAAUCAAUUUGGUGUGUUAUGAAUUGGAUUUGAAUAGAGUAGCGAUACCCAGUGCUAUAUUGUAGAAUGGUUGACACUGCACAGUAGUCCCUCCUCAGGAAUACAAUAUCUAGUAUACAUACUGCAAUAGAUACAUUGACUCAUUCAAUGAUGCUUUACACGCAGAUCGUCCAAAGAUGAGAGCUCCAGUAGUGCAGGGUCUCCAGUUGGGAAUAUAGAGCCAUUCAACCAAAGCAUACUGUGUGCAAUGACAUAAUGUUGGUUGCUGUAGUUUAUGAGCACAAUUCAAACUCCACUCCACAUUAACACCCCCAUCCACACUGUUAUAUCCACUGCAGCAUUAUCCAGUAAAUUAGUUUACAGCUUGAAUUUACUGAUAUGAAUUAUUGAAUUCAUAAGAAGCGAAACCUAGUAGGUCUGCAAUGUUUAUAAGUAAGUAUUUGGGUAUCAAAUUUAUCAGGCCAAUAUAAUCAUACUGAAUAAUUCAGCAAUGAAUACUCAACUACAUUAUACAGACAAAAAGGGUAGAUUAUGACACAUUAUGGAUCAUAGAAAUAGCCACAAGGUCCAUUUAGUUGAUGUUUUGGAGCCUCUACUUGUCACAUUUAACAACAGAUGGAUUUCUCCCAGGUGGAAGAUCACAUGUUUUUGUUUGUUUGUAUGUUUGUUUAGGGUUUAUUUUUUGAGGCUAUAUGUUAACAGGGUGCCUUCUGGACCAGUUGAUUUAGUUUCUAAUGUAGCAUCUUUUAUCUUUUCAAUAUUCUAAACACAUGUUGGUCCAUUUCAGAAUAACAAGCUAUGCGUUGGAUGUCCUGUUCAAAUCCUGUGCCUAUCUCUUUAUUUUCCUUUUUGUCUUUUUUUUUAUUAUCUCUUCAAAAUGUUCACAAUUCUCAUCCUGUUUAACUGGCACAUACUUAACACAACAGCAACGUGUAUCUCAAGUUGAAGGGAUCGUUUUAUAAUUGAAUUAGUUAAGAAUAUCAAUACCACUUUCAUAUAUGAUGAGGUAUGAUGGUUUUCUCACCUACUGCUCAGAAAGAAAGUGAACAAUUAAUAUGUCAGAUGAUUUCUUAAACAUUACUUUUAAAAAGGGGCACAGUUUCUCAUUUUAGGCCAUUAACACGAUUUCUUUGUGAAGUAAAAACAGUAGUCGUUUCAUGAGAAUGUUUUUUAUGGGUACUUUUAUUUUCCUUUCAGGGUGGUAGAGAAAACAAAGAUGUUUGAAUUAUGAACUGUGAAUCGGACACCCUGGCCGUGACCGCGUUGCUCGACCAAGCUGAUUGAAUUUAAUGAGACUGUGUGGCCUUAACCACUGAAUGAGCAUGACAUGUUUUUCAAAUGCACACGUGACCUACUUUCUUGUUUGCUGCAUUUGAAAAUAAUAUGAGUAAUACAACCAGAGCCACAGUUUCUCUGUUUGAUCAAUCUGUUCCACUGAUAUGUUCAGAUUACACAAAAAGAUGUUGACAAACACGGACCAUUUCUACUCAGAAAUUUAACUUGAGGUAAUUUUGUUGAAUUUCCAUUUACAUGUCAUCUGGUACAGUUCCUCUGUUGUGUGCCAGGUGACAGUGGUGGAGCGAAUAUUUAAGAGCAGGACUAACAUACAGGUAUCAGGUAUAUUACAUACAUUUUAUAUAAUAUUAUAAUUAUAUUUUUCUGAAAUCUGGGAUAAGUAGGUUGACUUGUUGUAACUCAUGAUUUAUUCUAUUUGAAUGCAUUAAAACCCGAUUGUAAAGCU